AUGGGAACCAAAGGUGAUGAAAGCAAUCAGUUAAUUCUCGGUCAAUUAAAAAUCUUAUUCGAACGAUUUCAUAAGAAACAAAUUAGAAAAACCGAACUCGAAAAAAAUCUUAUUUCAUAUGCGAGAAAAACUGGUUUUAUAAAUAAUACAUAUCGUAAACAAGCAUGGAAUUUAUUAAUUAACACAUCCGAUGAUGAGCAAUAUACACAAGAUCAACAACAACUUAAAUCACAUCAGUAUUAUGAACAAACGAGAUUGGAUGUGAUUCGAACGUUGAAACGAUUUCCACCGAAUUAUUCGGAAGCGGAAAGGAGUGGAUUACAAGACGAAUUAAUCGUGAUUAUCAACCAAAUCUUAGUUAAACAUCGUGAAUUACAUUACUAUCAAGGUUAUCACGAUAUAUGUUUAACAUUUUUGCUUGUGUUAGGAAAUGAGUUAUGUGUGCCCAUAUUAGAUUCAAUUACAAUGUCACAUCUCAAAUACUUCAUGGAGCCAACAAUGGAGAAAACACGUGAUUCGUUGAAUUACCUCAUGCCAUUGAUCAAUUGUAUUCAUAGUAAAUGCGCGGAAUACAUGGAAAGAGGUGGAGUUGGACAUGUGAUAUUUGCCUUACCGUGGUUUAUCACAUGGUAUUCUCAUGUGCUGGAUGAGUUGGAUGUUAUUCUUCGACUUUAUGAUCUGUUUAUCGUUUCGGAUUACCUGAUGCCGAUUUAUGUCGCUGCUGAAAUUGUAAAUUAUUAUGGUGAUGAAAUUUUGUCUCAAGAUUGUGAUAUGGCGACUCUACAUCAGUAUCUAUCUUGUUUACCAACUGAAAUCGACACUAAAGUUUGGGAAACAAUUAUUGAACGUGCUUCACAUCUCAUCGAUCGACAUCCGCCUGAAACUUUAGAAAGUUUGGCUUCCGAAUGGAAAAUUAAAUGUAAACACAUUGAAAAAUCUUCACCUCAAUCGUAUCUUCCACAACGUGCUAAUCAAUUGAAGACUAAUUCGGCGAAAAAUUUAGUGAAACCAUCCAAUGUCUUAUCACGUGUGAUGUUCUGGAGUGUGGCGCUUGCCGUGGGCGGUCUGGCAAUUUAUCUUUAUAAUCAAUCAUCAGCAAUCGAUUUGAAUACAUUUUUGAAUCUGGGAGAUAUCUAUCGCUAA